CAGAGACCAGUUAUUGAUGCGUACUGUAAUCGAGUGUUUCAAAAUGAUAAGAUCGGUAGUUAUUUAUUAAGUAUACUUAACUGUUCUGAGAAUACAUAACACUGCAACUGCAACCAUGCAGCAGGCUCCUCAAAAGGCUUCUCAGGCAAAUGUUACAUCGGCUGCCCACAAAAGGCAAAGUCGACCAAGCUUAGGAGUCCCGAAAGCACACAAAUCCGAACAUCAGCAUCAAAUUUCCACAACGGAGGGUUUGGAUUCGGUGCGGAGUGAGAUUGACGAAGCUCGGAAAACACUUGAAGAAGCCACCCAGUUUCUGCAUAAUACAACAAUGCUUUCCGGCGGAUUGAAUACGGCACCCACUGAUGGCAUAAAUUUCGAUGAACUGCGGAGUAAGCUCAGAAAUGAUCCAAAUGCUCCAAGCCACACGAUGCAGGGCAGCGUAAGCGGCGAUCUGGAACAAAUGCUGGAAGAAUUAUCAAAGGAAACCGGCGGAAACGAUCCCGACAUCCAGCAACUGCGAGACGUAUGGGACACUACGAAAUUUUUAAGUUAUCAAUUCGAAGCCGUUAAGAAAAAGGAUACUACAACGAGCAAUCCAAACAACGCAGAAACCAAAUGAACUGGGGCAAAGCAACCAAGUUACUCUAGUUCAAAUUUAAUCGCCCAAAUACGUCAAAGGCUAUCCCAACCAAAGAUCUGUCACUUUCUUAUACGAAUCAAAUAAGCCGACUGACCAAUAAGUCAAUACCCUCCGAUCCGGAUCAACUUCCCAAAGAAUUAGUUCUAUUCUGUAAAGCUGAGCAAGCUUGCUGGUCGGUUACUGCCUCCACGAUAAACUUUCACCAGACGCUCAAGAAGCAAUGGAUAGGGGCACAUAUCGCUCAAAAGUUUAUAGUACUCCAACGGGCUAUUUUUGUUGAUAAGAAAUCUGCAACAACAAAAACAAGCUUAUGCAUUAUGCCCGAAGUUUUCCGCCUCUGUAUUUCAACAGAAAGUGACGGAUCAACUUACACAUACC